GGGUCCCUGCCUCACCUCCGGCCCUGCUUCUGCCUCGUGCAGAGUGGGGGUCGGCCUGGGAAAGCCCCCAGGGAAACUCCCAUGGAGUAGGGAGGAGGGGGAGGAGAGGCAGGGUCUCGAGAGAGCGGGAAGCUGCCAGCACGCUGCUAUUUAAACCGCUUCCCCUGGCAGUCACAAGACAGAGGGGACAGCAUGAAGUCCAGCCUGGCCCUCCUGCUGGCCCUGGCCAUGGUGCCCUUCCAACUUGGCAGUGGCCGGUCCCUCCAUGUGGACCCCCCUGAGCCUGUGGUGGCUGUGCCCAAUGGCACGCCCCUCCAGCUGACCUGCAGCCUGCCCUGUGACAACGAUGUAGCCCGGGUGCAGUGGCACGGCCUGGACACUAACUUGGCCAAUGUGCAGACCGUCCCUGGCACCAGCGUCCUCUCUAUACAAGGCCUGCCGUCGGACUCAGGCACACGUGUGUGCGUGGGCUCCUGUGGGGGGCAAAGCUUCCAGCACACUGUGCAGAUCCUUGUGUACGCCUUCCCAGACCAGCUGGUGGUGUCCCCAAAGGCCCUUGUACCUGGACGGGACCGAGAAGUGUCCUGCACAGCCCACAACAUCUGGCCCGCAGGCCCCAACAUCCUCUCCUUUGCCCUGUUACUGGGCAACCAGAGUCUGGAGGGUGCCCAGGCCCUGGAAGCAGAGCAAGAGGAGGAGACACAGGAAGCCGAGGACACGAUGCUGUUCCAAAUGACACAGCGCUGGUUGUUACCCUCCCUGGAGACCCUUGUCCCCCCUGUCCUUUACUGCCAAGUCACCAUGAAGCUGCCCAACCUGGAGCUGACCCACAAGAGGGAGCUCCCGGUCUUGCAGAGCUGGACCUCACCAGCGCCCUCCACCUCUGCCAAGCCCUACACCCUGACCUCCCCACACACCACUGAGGCCAGCUCCACCGGGCUCCCCAGCUACACAACCCUGCCGCCUACCCCUGCUCAUUCCACGCUUAGCCCCAGGACUCUGAGCUACGCUGGAACUUGCCGUCCUGAGAUCCUUCGGGACGAGGAGUCACAUGGCUGGCAGCUACUCUGCAAGGCCCCCUGUGGCCCUGGAGUGACCGUGCACUGGACCCUGGCUCCUGGCGAUCUGGCAGCAUACCACAGGAGGGAGGCCGGGGCCCAGGCAUGGCUAAGCAUGCCACCCCCAGGUCCUGUUCCUGAGGGCUGGUUCCAGUGCCGCCUGGACCCUGGGGGACAGGUAGCCAGUCUGUAUGUCUCCGGUCAGGCGUUCUCAAAACCCUACGCCAUGGUCGCCCUCUGGCUCGGCAGCUUGGCGUUGGCACUGCUGGCGCUGGCCUUCCUCGCCUACCGCCUGUGGAAGCGCUACCGAUCAAGGCCUCCCCCCCAGACGCCACCUCAUGCACACGCCUAUGAAGCUCCAUUGUGCCAGACUAACGGGGUCGGAGAAUGACCAGCUGCCGGGCCUGGGGCAGUCAAGACGGCAGAAUGUGGCCCCUCUUAAGGUCGUCAGCUCUUCCCAGCUGCUGGCCCAGAGCAGAAUAAAGGUCCCAUAUCGGGCCA